AUGGCAGACCCUCAGCAACAAGAGAAGGCCAAAGAGUCCUUUAUAGUCACAGCCAAAAAAUGGGGAGAAAACCCUGUACCGCCUGCUCUGCUCGCUACUGUGAUCUUUGCCCAGCAUGCACGCCCUUUCCAGGCUGUCCCCAUGAUCUUCCCACCGCUGCUGUUAUUCUCCACCUACCUCAAUCUGCAAGGCUAUAAGAUCGACAGUGCGGGCACAACUGCCGCAUUGAGCGGGACGUACCUGGUGCUGGCUGGCAGAAGACGACUUGGAUUUGUCAACAAGUUCGGCGCCCGCGGUAUAAUCAGAGGUGCUACUGUUGGGUUAUGCUUGGUUAACCUGGUCGGUGGUGGACUCGCCUAUGGCUUCGGGAGUCGCUCCAAGGAGGACCCGGACAAGAGCAAGACUCUGUAA